AGGAAAGAAAGCAAGUCAUAUUUGGAACGAGAUGAGGUUGAUAUGUGGUGACAUGAUGACAAAAUUUCCAUUACUAUGCCUUUAAAUUUGAUUCUCCUGUAACACUAUUUAAUAACACGAAUGAACUUAAUGGCGUGCACACGAUCAAAACGCAAUGAAGCUACCGUGCAGUUUUUGCACGUUUUCCAUUAUUCUUUCAUUUGCAUCAAAACAAACAUCAAGAAACGUAUCACAAAACAACAACACUGUGUAUCCCCGCUGAGACAGAUAGGGUAUAGUGACUAGAGUGAUAGCACAGCUCAAGCAGUAUCAGGAGACCUGUGGCUCUUCACUGGAGUACAGCAGGAGAGUCCUUUCACGCGCAUUACAGCUCAAGCUCCCUGCACGCGCACUUGUGUGGAUUAAUUCAGGGUUACUAUAGGCAUAUCUAAAAGGAAAGUGUUGCAGUUAGAUAAUUAUUUAUCACAAGGAAUCACUAUGGAUUGCUCUGAAGAGGUGCAGUCACUCUCAGAUGAAGGCAGCGCUCCCAUCGAGUUGAAGAAAGGAAUGUCAAUAUUUUUGGAUAUAUUGAGAAGAGCUGAUAAAAAUGAUGAUGGGAAGCUGUCCUUUGACGAGUUCAAGGCUUACUUCUCAGAUGGUGUUCUGUCAGGAGAUGAAUUAAAGGAGCUUUUCCAUGCAAUUGACACUCAUAACACAAACAAUGUGGACACGGAUGAGCUGUGUGAAUACUUCUCUCAGCAUCUUGGAGAAUAUGAAAAUGUCCUCGCUGCCUUGGAAGACCUGAACGUUACCAUACUGAAAGCCAUGGACAAAACCAAGAAGGACUAUCAGGAGGCCACGCAUCUGCAGCAGUUUGUGACACGUUUCCUGUUGAGGGAGACCACCAGUCAGCUGCAGUCGCUCCAGAGCUCUCUGGAGUGUGCCAUGGAGACCACAGCCGAACAGACCCGGCAGGAGAGACAGGGGCCUGUGAAGCCAGAGGUUCUGCCUAUUCAGUGGUCAGGAAGGAGAUCUAAUCGAAGACUUCAAAGGAAUAACAGCUUGUCUCCGAACAGCCCACUUCUGAACCUUGUCAAUUCAGGUCUGUAUGAAGAGGACAAUCAAUGGAUAACUCAGAUCAACAGACUGCAAAAGCUGAUCGACCGUCUUGAGAAAAAGGAGCUGCGUUUGGAGCCGGUGGAAGAAGAGGUGUUGGAAAGCUCCACCAAAUCACACAUCCUGAUCGUUCAGAGGCAGCUCUCAGUGCUGGAGGAGGAAGUGGAGGAGUUUCGUCCGGCUCUCAGGCAGUACAUCGACUGCGCCAGCACCCAGACCGGCUGCCUCCAUGUUGCAGUUCAGCGGCUUGCCAAUGAAUCCCGCUUCAUACUGUAUGAGUUCUGGGAGCAAAGCAACGUGUGGAAGAAUCAUCUGCAGACCAAUUACAGCAAAACCUUCCAGAGAGGCAAUGUGGAUUUCUUAGAGACGCCUGAGAUUAUGACAACUAUGCUGGUUCCAGCAUCUUGGUGGGUCCUCAACAAUAACUAGACAGCAGACAUUAUGAGGACCACACAAGCCUAACUGACGUCUACAUCCCUGUCAUAGUGACUAGCACUUGCUUUCCAUGUUGUUACAUUCUUUGCUAUAUACGAGUAGUGUAAACUGUAGGAUAUCAAAUAAAGCAACGAGAUCUUUGUUCUGAUGAUAACACUCCAAUCCCAUCAGAGUUGCAUAAGAUAAGUGUUCAUCUGUGCCGUGACAGUACAGUGUUGAGUGCUGUCAGUCUGUCUGUAGCACAGGUCUGUGACUCCUCUCCUAGCAGUUCUUGUGAUCAUUCCUGAACAUAUCAAGAGUUCCUGACAUGACCAUUUAUUUGAAAAGAUAGACUUCUGUUGUUGUAUUUUAAUUAGUUUGUCAGCUCUGAAUAAACAUGUGAAUUAAUGUGACCCAACCACAAUUUUCAUCUUACGUUUUGGAGGUAGUAUCAAGUGGUUAAUAAAGUUUCUAAGCAGAUGUA